AUGGUAUUUUCAGCCGUUCCUGCUGUUCCCACCGUUCCCACCCCGCCAACAACUGGUCCGACACUGCAAUCCGUUUUACAAGGACAACUACGCGAUCAGCCGAUCACACAGGGUCAUGCACCGUUGGUUUCGAGUCGAAAGCGGAUUCACACGACGAACACGACGGGCGCAUUCAAUCCGAAUCAGAUCCGGGAAGCGACGGUGGAAAGCCUCAUGCAAUUGUCGAGAUCGAAUCAACAAGCGGCUGCAGCUCAACAGCAGUCAGCCACAGCAAUUCCACCGACAACCGUGGCCAGUACACCAUCCGGGCCUGUACCCAUCCCGGCGACAACAACCGCCUCACCAACAACACCGAUCAAUACGAGUCCGGAAGUCGCUUCAUUGGCCGCUCAUUUUCUACGUCGAAGCGACAGUGCGAAUCCGUAUCACGCAAGUCCGACGAAAUUCACGAAUGCAAAUGGGGAGAUGGUUUCGUUUACUGAAAUUAUGCGCAACGUUGAGGCUCAAUACACCCGAUCGGGGACAUCAACAGCGCAAAGCCCAAUCACGCAAAGCCCGAUCGCUGUCACUCAACCAGUCCGCGACUUCUUGACAAGACCUGAUAAUUCAGCUAAACUCGUCACCCCUCGACCGAUCAACCCGACAAUGCCCAUUCAAACGGCUGCUCUGGCUUUUGGAACAGCUGCCGCUGCUGCUGCUGCAGCUGCACAUGUACAAUGGCAAGUCGCCUCGGUACCCACUGUUUUCUCGGCGGCUGGCAGCGCCUCAUCGAGCCCAUUGACAACCGCCGAACAGACUCGACAAACACUCACGAAUAUUCUCAUUCAGAAUCAAAUCUUGGAGAAUGCGCUUCGAUCAGCUUGUAGCUCGGCCGUGAAUUCUCCAUUGGCUACACCUCGCUGCACGCCGAUUCCCUCGGUUUUCGCGGCGAUUCGUGCGGCUGGCGGUGUGGACGAGGACUCGAACGGCGCGCCGCCGCUCCUCUCGCUGCAGAAUAACGGCAAUGGAAACAGUCAGGAUGCGUAUUUGAGAGAUGUCUCGAGUCACUUUCUGACUUAUCUGAACGAUUCGAAUUCCCGUUCUCCUUCAUCAUCGCUGACGAAUUCGCUGAAUGCUCUCUUGCCGACCAGUCAAUUGUUGACGACAGCUUUAGGAGCGACUAACAACGGUCUCUCCUCUCUAUCCACUCUCCAUCAUACUCUCUCCGUUCCACAAAUGAAUGCCCUCACCGUCACGCAAACCCCGACGAGUCCAAUCGUUAUCGAUUCCGCUACAAUUGAUAUCUUGAGUAGAGAUGUGCUAGUCGAACCGACGACAACCAUUCGACAUUCACCGCAUCGAUUGGCGAGGAUUGCCGCCGGGAAAGGGACAAGCAGUGAAAGCCCAUCGAAUAGUAAUGGCAGUCAUUCCUCGACCACGACUUCAUCGACUGAUUUUGGUCACCUCGGGAAA